GGAGAAAUGCGCUCCCUGAGCCGCAGGGAUGAUCCAGCCCCACGCCACUACGCUGCCAUGGGUGGAACCAGGACACAAGUGGACACAGGAGCUGGGUCCAACUCAUGGUGCACGUAACGUCACGUUGUGCUGACGUCACCGCGGAGCCACGCUGCACCUCCAGUCCAAACAACUUUUCCAGAGGAUCCACAUCUCACCGCGCGUCCCGAGGAGCCGAGGUCCGACCGAGAGAACCGAGAGAACCGAGACCAGGACUCCUUCGAACCGCUUCACUUCACUUCACUUCACCUCUCUCUCCUCACACUUCAGUACUCUGCUCACCGCUCAGACACUUUACUCGAGCCGGCCGUUCGUCCCUGGGAGUUAAGAUGAGGAAUCCGUGGUUGUUGUUCCUCGUCGCGCUGGCUACUGGGAUUAUCAGUGAAAACAAGCUUUUGGUCUCCUCCCAGUCACCUGCUUCCACGACAGAUGACAUGUACCUAGAGGGCCGAACAUCAGGCGACCUCCCUAUAGAUGACGAAGAUAGAGAAGAUGAUGGCUCAGGAUCAGGAUCUGGAGACUAUGCUUUCAUCGACAUCUUAGAUAAAGAGAAGUUACUUGAGAGGUUCCUCAACUUCUCUAAGAUCCCAGUCUCCAAUGAAACCGUUCCAGUGCAGCCGGAGCCAACAGCAGAUUCUACUCCCAUCCCACCAACCACAGCAACCGACGGCCAUGUUCCCUCAGCCACAAGGAUGACGACACCACUCCCUGAGGAGGAGGAAGAGGAGGGCCUUAUUGUCCCAAUAGUGGACAACGACUACUCCACGGACCAUAUCGCCCCCAGCCACGGGUCUCCCACUGAAACCACCACAACCAAGUUCAGUAUUGACAUAAGUGUCACCAAAGAUGGCGAGGAGGACAACAGUCUGGAUACUAGCUGGGACAUUUUCCAAGAGGGUUCCGACAACAUUUUGAUCAAGGUUGAGGAGGACAAUGAAGUUCGGGCCGAUGGGCGGCGCAGAUCGAAUGUGCAGGCUACCCCUGAAGAGGUGACGUCUGAGAACUUGUGGGAGAGGACAGACGUUUUGUCAGCGGUGAUAGCAUGCGGAGUGGUUGGAUUCCUCUGUGCAGUUUUCCUCCUCCUCCUCCUCGCCUACCGCAUGAAGAAGAAGGAUGAAGGUAGCUAUGACCUUGGAGACACCAAGGUUACCUCAACAGCCUAUCACCAAGCGCCCACCAAGGAGUUUUAUGCCUGAACUGACCAAGAGGGACUUUAAAUGUAAUCUGUCGCCUGCCAAUCGGGGCUGAAAAUGGAUCUAUAAACAGCUGAAGACGAUUCCUCUUGUUGAAGUUGGAAGUCAAGCGCCUCUUCUUUUCUUUCAUCUUUCUUAUCCUCUGCCAUCAUUUCAUUUUUUCUCUCUAAUGUUCUGGGGGGGUUUUGUGAAGAAGAAGUGAUUAGAGAACAAAAAGGGAUACUUCCAUCCCAGGGAAUUACACAUUUAAUUCACAGCCUAAAUUUUAAGGAAAUAAUCUACUUUAAAGUAUCGAUAACACUGUGCCUUUAAACUGACAUCAUUUUUUUAAACUGAAGCACGUGCGGGCUUGACUUGGUUCUGCAUUACAGACAGAUCCAAUGUCUCAUUUAGAGUAACUGGACAGGCCAAACUCAGAGGAACAACAUGAAGCAGUAAAUGUAUAAAUAGCCUUAACAUAUGGGAUUAUUAUAACAAAGAACCUUUAAACGUUGACACCCUUUGCCCUUUGUGUGAGGUGAGGUUUGCUUAGUUUAACAGCUUGCAUUGUUACAUUUCAUUUUCUGUACGCUUUGCUGAAUUGAAGAUUUAUGUCACUAUGAAGAAUGAAUAUGAUUUUUUUUUCCAUAUGCUGCCCAGUAUUGGAGUGAGAGAUUUUGUUACUCUGCAGGUACUUACUGUAUUUUUUGUUGUUGUCUCACAUAUGUUUGCUACCUGUACAACUGGCCAAAUAUAAAUGUUUUUUAUUUGUGUUUUUGGAAAAAUAUUUUUAGUACUUUUUUUUCCGAUGUGUUUGCAUAUUAUGAGAUUAUAUUUCUGUAAGCAAAGAGAUGUCAGUCUUUUCAUUCCACUCAUACUGUGUUAACCUUGAGGAGGUAAAAGCUCCUCAACCUGGAAUCUGUCCGACAAUAGAAAUAUUUUCAGGAGUUUUUUAUAUUUGGUUUAGCAAAUGUGGGACAGCGUUUCUAAGGUAGAGCCAAGGUUAAUCACUAUCAUUCACAAACCGUAGAAGUGACCAGUGUUGUCUGACACGAGCCAAAGCACAUUCCUGUCUUGCUGUCAUCUGUGCACCGUUGCAAUGACGGGUUUGAUUUUAAAGGGACAGCGUCAGCAUCUAUUGUUUUCUACAGUCAGUGUAUUCAAAUAAUCUUCCUGCAUGUCAUAAGCAGAGCACACCAUCGGGAGUUUCCCACUCUGUAAUGGUGACAGUGCCAGUCUGAAUGUAACCGUGUCAGGUUUUAAACAGGUUUCCUAGUUCUAAAUCUUUACCUCAACUAGCCAACCAGAGGCGUGUUAGGUCUUUUAGAGCUUUCAUAAGGACACAGUCAACAGGGCGGUAUUUCCUCUUGUCAGAACAUACUUUUUUACUUGUGUAUACCAUGUAAGAAAGUAUAUUUUAUUGGAAAUAUUUCGGAUUUGCAUCAUGUGUAGGCUGAGGAAUUGUAUCAAGCUCCCUACUGCUUAUAUUGUGUUAAAGAGGAACACUUUUUACACCAGCCUCAAAUUUACAUUGGGGAAAUGUCUCGGAUCUCUGUUGGUGGCCUUACAUUCUUAAGGGAUAGGUGACAUUUUGGAUCACAGGAUGACCGAGUUGUUGAUACAAACAGAAGGGUAGGGGUUAAGUGGUUAAACUAUUAUUUGACCUGGCAUUAACACAAAUUCUUACCAAAACAACAUUGAUUUCAGAGUUUGCCCUGAGUUUGUUGACUUUGAGUUCAAGGUUGAAUAAGGACUGUUAAAUCAAUAUUGGCAUUUCCUUACAGGACUGUAACGGCCAUUUUUGUUCGGUUAUUUUCCGUUGUUAAAGCUCACUGCCCAAAUGUUAAUGUCUUUUAACAGUUUGAUUACCCUUGUGUCCGAUGCCACAUCUAUCUUUAAUGCUUUAAAUCAAUUAAGAGUUUUUUUCAUGAUAUAACUGCCUUGAUCAUAAUAGAUUUUUAAGUGACUUUUAAUAGUAGACUAUCUGAAUGCAAACUACCUAUUUGCUAUGGCUGGAAUAAACCGGACGAUCUGAUCACUAACCCUAAGUGACUAACUGUUGAUAACGUGACUUUUGUUGUUCACUUGAAUCCUCAGUGCCUUUUCAAUUUAUUGUCUACAUUAAUGCAGUAUUAGUGUCGUGCUUUGACCUUCAAGCCGUACAGAAAUAAUCUGUUGUUCAGAAAUAAACAAUACCUGUAAGGUUUUAAGACACUGCAAUGCUGGUAAUCCAACAGACAAUAACCUUCCUCUUCUUUGAUAUGUGUAAGUUUAUUUGAUAUGUUGAUGUUACCAUAAUUUAUAUGUAUUAAUUUAUACUUGCAUAUACUAUAGUCCAAGUUAGUAUGUCAGUGAUAAAUUGGUAUUGUACAGUAUUUACUCUUGGUCAGAGCCUCUUUGUGCCUUCUGCUCAGUUUGUUUGUUUUUUCAUAUUUGUUUAACUUUAGUUAAAUUUGAUUUCAAUUCCCUUUUGUCCCCCCAUAAAUAAUAAAGUUAAAAUAAUAAGUUUAUUGUGAAUAUUUAGCAGCUUUACUGUUCGUUUUCAUCAAAGUCGAAUGGAUGACUGAAACCUUGAAUGAACUAAUAAACACCAACACAAUGGUGAGGACCAACCAAAAAUCAAUAAGACCUACGUGUAUGUGCAUACAGAGAACCAUGUUGCUGAAAUGAUGUAUCUUAUGAGGUUCUCUACUGAAUAAAAGAUUUGGCUUUAA